AUCUUAAACCUUCAACACACCGCUCAAAAAAAAAAACCCUCCAACACUUUGCCACACCUCUUUAAUUUCCGCAACAUUUUCUUUUACCUGCCUUGUCUCUGUUCUGAGCCGACUAGCAAUCUCGCCAUGUCUCCGACAACUCUCGAUGGGCAGCAGCAAGCUCUGACCGGACCCAAGAUGGCGUACGUGACCUUCCUGGCAGGCAAUGGAGACUACGUGAAAGGCGUGGUGGGCUUGGCCAAGGGCUUGAGGAAGGCUAAGUCUGAAUACCCUCUUGUCGUCGCCGUGUUGCCCGACGUGCCGGAGGAGCACCGCCAGAUUCUUGAAUCUCAGGGCUGCGUUGUUCGAGAGAUCCAGCCUGUUUAUCCUCCAGAGAACCAGACGCAGUUCGCCAUGGCUUACUAUGUCAUCAACUACUCCAAACUUCGCAUCUGGGAGUUCGUGGAGUACGAGAAGAUGAUAUACUUGGACGGAGAUAUCCAAGUAUUCGAUAACAUUGACCAUCUCUUUGACUUAGAGAACUGCUUCUUCUACGCCGUGAUGGACUGUUUCUGCGAGCAGACAUGGACUCACUCUCCCCAGUACAAAAUCGGAUACUGUCAACAAUCUCCGGACAGAGUCCAGUGGCCACCGCACAUGGGCCCGCCUCCUCCUCUCUACUUCAACGCCGGCAUGUUCGUCUUCCAGCCCAAUCUGUUGACUUACGUUGACCUCCUGGACACCGUCAGAGUCACCCCUCCCACUUCAUUUGCCGAGCAAGAUUUUCUCAACAUGUACUUCAACCGUAUUUACAAGCCUCUUCCUCCUACUUACAAUCUUGUUCUGGCUAUGCUGUGGCGCCACCCUGAAAAUGUUGACUUGGACCGUGUUAAAGUUGUUCAUUACUGUGCUGCGGGAUCGAAGCCAUGGAGGUACACUGGGAAAGAAGAGAAUAUGGACAGGGAAGAUAUAAAGACACUGGUGAAGAAAUGGUGGGAGAUAUAUGAAGAUGAAUCUCUUGAUUACAAGAAUAUAAUAAGCGAAGCCGCCAUGUCAGACCACGCAAAGCUUGGAAGCUUGAUUGCAGAGCAGUUGCAGGCUGAUGACAAUGAUGUGUCUCAUCACAGGAGGGCACCUUCUGCGGCUUAAAUAACAUAAACUAAUUGCCUAGUUCAUUACCUAAUAAUUAUGCUUCUAACAAUGGAGCCUUAAUUGAUAUAAUUAUAUAUAUAAAUAUAUAUAUUCUCUGUGUAAUUUCUUUUUUGAAAUUUUCUUUUGAAUAUUGUGGUCUGUGUGUUGUUUGAAUUACAGUUUAUUAUGUUAAUAUUGUAAUCCAACCUUUGAUGGGAACAAUAUAUUUCCAUAUUAAUUU